AUGAGCGGAGCCUUGAGCUUUGACCUCAAGGCCGAGACAGAAGCUCUACGGGCGAAAUACCUUGAACAAGUUGAGAGCGGCUCUCCCUGCCCGCGGUUGCAGUUUGAAUUUGCCUCUCUUUUGAUUUGUUCGCCCAACGACAAAGACUUAAGGGACUCAGCGGACCUCCUCACGGAACUCCUCGAGAUCGGCUUCUGCAGGUCGGACUGCCUCUUUCAGCUUGCGUUGGUGUACCUGAAGCUGGGGCAUUACUCUCUUGCCAAGCGCCGGGUGGAAGCGCUUCUUCGAAUGGAGCCGCGGAAUUUAUCGGCGCUGUCUCUGCAUAGCCUUAUCCUGGAUCGUGCAGCCUACGACGGUGUCAGCGGCUCUCUGAUCAUCGGCCUCCUUGCAGGUGGCGCUCUGUUCUAUUUACUGCAGUGGUUCAAAGCGCAUUAA